AUGGCAGACAUCAAUCUCCAAGAAGUCCACGACUUCAUGAUCUCCAUUGCCAAACAGGCAGGAGAGAGAAUUGUCUCUGCGAAACCUACCACCGAGAAUGCAGGCUCGAAGAUGAACUCUGUCGACCUUGUAACCGAAACCGACCGCGCAGUCGAGUCCUUAAUCUCCACCGCGCUCCGCGAAAAGUACCCGAACUUCUCCUUCAUGGGCGAGGAAACCUACAAGCCCGGUGACAAGAUCACUUCUGAACCAACAUUUAUAUGCGACCCCAUAGACGGCACUACCAACUUCGUCCACCGAUACCCAUACGUAUCCAUCUCUCUCGGCCUCGCCAUCAACCUCGAACCCACAGUCGGCAUCGUAUACAACCCGUUCACACAGACACUAUACUCCGCGAUAAAAGGACAAGGCGCAUAUCUAAACCAGACCACAAAGUUACCACUGAGCCCCCCAACACCACUAGAGACGCUAAACAGCUGCCUCGUCGCGGUGGAAUGGGGCAGCGAUCGCAGCGGGAACGACUUCAAGGUCAAGAGCGGGACGUUCAAGAAGUUGGCUGCGACGAAAGAGGAGGGCGGAGGCAUGGUGCAUGGGAUCAGGAGUUUUGGUAGCGCGGCGCUGAAUCUGUGCGGUGUUGCUAGUGGAGGGCUGGAUAUCUAUUGGGAAGCAGGAUGCUGGGCGUGGGAUGUCUGCGCGGGUUGGGUGAUUUUGAAGGAGGCUGGUGGUGUGAUGGUGGAUGCUAAUCCGGGGAAUUGGGAGCCGCGAGUAGAUGAGAGGAGAUAUUUCGCGGUGAGAGGUGGAGAAGGGCAGAAGGAGAUUAUUGAAGAGUUCUGGGGGUUGGUUGAUGGUGCUUUUGAGGUUGGGAUAUAG